AGACGAGCCCUUCGCGGCUCCCGUAGCCGCAUCCCAGAUUCAGCGCUGCUGUCACAACAACAGAAAGAGGAUAAGAAGUUAUUAGUCAACUGACAGAAGAAUAAUCCUCUCCAUAACGACUCCGAGCAGAUAACAUUUCAUUUCAAAAUGUCUGAAAAAAGUGAGCUGAAAGCAGAGUUAGAGAGAAAGAAACAACGACUGGCCCAGAUCAGAGAGGAGAAGAAGAGGAAAGAAGAAGAACGGAAGAAGAAAGAGCUGGAUGGGCGGAAGGAGGGAGCGUCUCCUCCGCAGGAUGACUCUGAUCUGGAGAGGAAGAGGAGGGAGGCAGAGACUCUGCUGCAGAGCAUGGGGAUAGUGGACCCCUCCAUGGUCCCCCCUCCCAUGUCCCCCUCGGCCAAAUCAGUGGACACCCCCAGUGAAACGGGCAGCCAGGACUCAGGAGACGGCGGCACGGGGCCGAGGACUCUUCAUUGGGACUCUGACCCCUCUACUCUACUGCUCCAUUCAGACUCUCAGCUCGGACGCGGCCCGCUGAAGUUGGGCAUGUCAAAGGUCACACAGGUGGAUUUCCCGCCCAAAGAGCUGGUGUCUUACACAAAAGAGACCCAGACGCCCACACAGACUGAUCACAAAGACAAUGAGGAAGAGGAGGAUGAUUUGGUUUUGACGCAGCCUGUUCUGGAGCAUCAAGAGGAGAAAGACUCUCAGAAAGAGGAAGAGGAAGCGCUCCCUCAUGAUCUGACGGAGGAACAGAAACAGCAGAUUCUUCACUCGGAGGAGUUCGUGACUUUCUUUGACCACAGCUCUCGGAUCGUGGAGCGCGCUCUCUCCGAGCAGGUGGACGUGUUUUUCGACUACAGCGGACGGGCUCUUCAGGAUAAAGAGGGAGAGUCUCAGGCUGGAGCCACACUCUCCCUGAACAGACAGUUUGCAGACGAGCGCUGGUCCAAACACAGAGUGGUCACCUGUCUCGACUGGUCACCGCAGUACCCGGAGCUGCUGGCGGCGUCAUACAGCAGUAAUGAAGACGCUCCACACGAACCCGAAGGGGUGGCUCUCGUCUGGAACAUGAAAUAUAAGAAAACCACACCAGAAUAUGUCUUCCACUGCCAGUCUGCGGUGAUGUCAGCAGCGUUCGCACAGUUUCAUCCCAAUCUUCUGGUUGGAGGCACGUAUUCGGGACAGAUCGUCCUGUGGGACAACCGCAGUAACAAACGCACCCCUGUGCAGAGGACGCCUCUCUCUGCCUCGGCUCACACGCACCCGGUGUACUGUGUGAAUGUGGUGGGGACGCAGAACGCUCACAAUCUCAUCAGCAUCUCCACCGACGGCAAGAUGUGCUCCUGGAGUCUGGACAUGCUGACCUCGCCGCAGGACAGUCUGGAGCUGGUGUUCAAGCAGUCUAAGUCAGUGGCCGUCACCUCCAUGUCAUUUCCUCUGGGUGACGUCAAUAACUUUGUGGUGGGCAGCGAGGACGGGUCGGUCUACAGUGCCUGCAGACACGGCAGUAAGGCGGGCAUCAGUGAGAUGUUUGAGGGUCAUCAUGGACCAAUCACAGGCCUCGACUGCCACACAGCGGCAGGACCGGUCGACUUCUCGCACCUGUUUGUCACUUCCUCUUUUGACUGGACCGUCAAACUCUGGAGUACCAAGAACAAUAAGCCUCUGUACUCCUUCGAGGACAAUUCAGACUACGUGUAUGACGUCAUGUGGUCUCCCACACACCCCGCUCUGUUUGCCUGCGUGGACGGGGUCGGACAUUUGGACCUGUGGAACCUCAACAAUGAAACAGAGGUUCCCACAGCGAGCGCGACGGUGGAGGGAAGCCCCGCGCUGAACCGUGUGCGCUGGACUCAUUCGGGACGAGAGGUGGCUGUCGGCGACUCUGAGGGCCGAGUGCACAUUUAUGACGUCGGAGAGCAGAUCUCAUUGGCGCGGCAGGACGAGUGGACACGGUUUGUGCUCACGCUCACCGAGAUCAACGAAAACCGCGAGGACGUGGAGGAACUGGCUGCUCAACGAUUGGCUGCAUGAUCAACAUAGCAUCCCCGGCUGACCAAUGACAUUCCCCCUGCAUUUGCAUAUCUCCACCCUCUCUGAAGUUAUUUUAAUCCAGGCUCUUUUUUAAUUCUAGAGACAAAUGGAUUAUUUCAGAAAGCAAGACUUUGCUAUUAACAACUAAAGUACUUAGUGUUGCUAAACAUUUAGGAGAAAUAAUCAUAAUGGGAUGGGAUGUGGAAGUAGAUUGUUUAUCAGGCGGAGAUUUAUAAUAUUUUAAGCUAUUUCUAGGAUUAGAGGCUGAUUUGGAGGAAAGGGAGAAUAACACUACCGAUAUGCAAACUAUUGUCCAGCAUCUUUAGACUCUGAGUAACAGGGGAGAUGUGUUUUUUAAAGGGCUGGGAUAUUUUUAACAGUCCCUUCUAUUGGAUAAACUUUCACAUUUGGAUUAUUUAUAGCUUUUUAAGAAAUGCAUUUUGUUUUUAGAUUAUAAAGACUGAAUGUACAUUUGUAAAAACCAGAUCGGCAAACCUAUUAACGUAUAACUCAGUUCUCAUGAAUGCCUUAAAGAUUAUUUUAUAACACACACAGAAGUAUCCACGAUCUUCCAUCACACAGCAUUGCCCUUUUGGUGCUUGUUUAUUCCAGCGCUUAUGAUUGAAAUAUUUUUUUUUUUUUUGCAAAAUGCAAUCUCUAGAUCAUGGUUUUAAAAAUGUCCCAUGAUUUGUCAUUUCAAAAGGACUUGGAGUGGUCUUUUGAUUAGCAUUAACCUAAAACUUCCCUUUGGCACAUACUUAAACUAAUAGAGUGUUAUUAUUUUUCCAUUUAUUUUAUUAAUACAUUUUUCCUUGAAGGGUUAACAAAGCAGUUAAUAGCCAGCUUGACAAUGUCUGCAUCCUGUUAUAUUUUUGUAUUUUUACCAUUUUAAUCUGUAAUUUGACAUAUUUAUUCGUAAUUUAAAUUUAGUGACCUCCCAGCCAAUAACACAACUGCUCUUGCAUUCAUUUUUAAAAUUUCAGUUUAUUCCUGAUCUAUUAUUCCUUAGUCUAUUCCUUUAAAAAUUUCUCAAUUCUUGGACAUUUCUAUUCCUAACGCUAAGCUAAUGAUUAAUUGUUAAAUAAUUAUGAACAAUUGAAUAAUAACAGCUUAAUAAUAUGCAUAGUUAAUUUAUUCAUAAUGAAUAUGAAACACUCAUAACUACACAUGACAAUGACGAUAUUAAAAAUAUAUUAAAAGAAUUUUAAAAUAUUUUAGGAAUUUAAAAUGCAUAUUUUUGUUCAUAUUUCCUUAAAAUUCCCUUAUUUGGAUAUGAUUGGACUUUCAAAAACACUGAGCACAGUCAAAAAAAUCAAUUACAUCACAUUUUUGACAAGCCUAACCAUAUGCAAAAUAUUACUCAGCUAGAAGUUGUGCUUUGGGCAUGCAUUAUUUUUAAAUCAUAAAAAAUCCAUUGGACAAAAUGUGUGUGUUCCCUGAUUUACAUGACCAGGACAUGUGUGUUGAUCUUGCAUGUGUGCGUUUGGUUCUCCAACGACUUCACUAACUCACUUUAUCCAACAUCUUUUGUAGCUUGAGGUAAUAAACUCAAUAAAACCAUCACAAACUA